AUGUCAGCUCCAGACCUCUCCCUCCCGGCCCUCUUCAGCGUGAAAGGCAAGGUCGCCGUCGUGACCGGUGGUGGCACAGGUAUCGGGAAGAUGAUCGCUGCGGCGCUCGUCCAGAACGGCGCCAAAGUCUACAUAGCAUCCCGCAAAAAAGCCGUAGUCGACGAAACAGCCGCCGAACUCACCCGUAUGGGGCCAGGCACCUGCAUCGCUCUCCAAGCGGACCUAGGCACCAAAGCUCAGUCCAAAGCACUCGCGGCUCAGAUUGCUGAGAAGGAAAAGAAUGGGAUCCAUGUGUUGGUUAAUAAUGCGGGCAUGGCGUGGGGUUCGCCCUUGCAAGACUUUGAUGAAAUCAAUGGGUGGGAUCGGUUGAUGGCGCUGAAUGUUAAGAGUUUGUUUUAUACCACAACUGAACUCCUGCCGCUCCUGGAAGCCGGCUCCCGCGGCUCCCUGGACCCGUCGCGCGUGAUCAACAUCUCGUCCGUGGCUGGAUCUGCGUGUACCGCGGAGGAUCCGUUGUCCGGGGAUGGGAAGGGGACCUAUUCUUAUGCGACGUCGAAAGCCGCCGUAAACCACCUCACCCGCGUCCUCGCGUUGCCUCUUGCUCGGUAA